UACUUCUGUGUCUAAACAGUUCACAGUAACCAGGACGCAAGUUAUCCACACAUGUACGUCGUGCAUUCUCCAUGUGAGAUGGGAACGCCAGAAUGAAGUGAUCAGCCAGCAGCUCUCUGUCAUUUUCACUCAUUGCUAUGGACCCUACCCUAUUCCAAAGCUCGUUGAAAUUAAGCGCAAGCAGACCUCUCGCCUAGAUCCCCAUUUUCUUAACAACAAAGAGAUGUCAGAUGUUACAUUUCUGGUGGAAGGAAGACCAUUUUAUGCACAUAGAGUGUUGCUAUUUACUGCAUCACCAAGGUUUAAAGCGUUGCUGUCUAGCAAGCCCUCAUCUGAUAGUACUUGUAUUGAGAUCAACUAUGUGAAGUACCCCAUCUUUCAGCUGGUUAUGCAGUAUCUUUAUUAUGGAGGUGCAGAGUCACUCCUGAUUAAAAAUAAUGAAAUUAUGGAGCUUCUCUCUGCUGCUAAAUUUUUCCAGCUUGAAGCUUUACAACGACACUGUGAGAUCAUUUGCGCAAAAAGCAUUAAUACAGAAAACUGCGUGGAUAUUUAUAACCAUGCCAAGUUUCUCGGAGUCACAGAACUAUCUUCCUAUUGUGAAGGCUACUUCCUAAAAAAUAUGAUGGUCCUCAUUGAAAAUGAAGCUUUCAAACAGCUGUUGUAUGACAAGAAUGGAGAAACUUCUGGUCAAAAUGUACUACAGGACUUACAGAGGACGUUGGCCACAAGGAUUCAGUCAAUUCAUUUGUCUUCUUCAAAGGGCUCCAUCGUGUAAAGCUGAGGAAGACAGUAACCCUCUAAUAAAGACCCUGCAAGUUAAGUCUGCUGUUGCAGUUGCUUAAACCCGUUGCAGUUGCUUAAAUGACUACAAAAAAAAAUUAAAAUAUUCUCCUUCGCAUCCAAAUAGAUCUGUGUUGGCCAAAGGUGCUGCGCUGGGGCUGCAGCCCCAUUUGGAUGAGGGAAUACAGAAAACAAAGCUCCUCUGUGUUUUUGAGCAAAUGAGGUACAAGAGUAUCCAGUGAAUCGCUGUUGUACUCAAAUUCUGAACGCACACGUGUGGUUGUGGAGCUUGAUGCCAACAAAAGCCAGAACUCACACCAGUGAACAGCAGAAGCCCCUGCCUGGGCGGUGGUGCCGGGGAACACCCAAAUCGACCGAUUAAUCAUUUAAGGCGGAUUUGUUCCAGUGUUACACAUUUAAGAACUAUAUCUAUCCUGGAGUCCAUUAUCUCGUGCAUUUAAGAAAUGUAAGAACUGUUAUUGCUGUCGAGCAAAGAUCAACUGUAUUAGAGAGUGGGUAAGACUGUUACGGCUGAGGAAAUAUACUGGCAGAUUUUUAGGGGUGGGAACUUUUUAAAUUGUUCAUAAAAAAUACUGGGGUGGCCUUGUAGUUUAAAAACUAUUUCUUAAGCUUAAAAUUUCGUUUUCGACAGAGCUGUGUUUGAGAACCUAUGUAACAUGUUUUGGUUUUUUUUUUUUUAAAUGGUAAAAUGUACAUUGUGUAAACAUACAUACGAUCAAGUUUGGCUUGUAUUCUUUCCUAGGGUGGUAUAAUCUUGCCUAACAGGCUAUGGUUACACCAAAGAGGUACAUUACCCAGACUAUCUCUAAUACAGUAGUUGGGGGGGCAGGAGAGCUGCAUGCUACUCGUGAUUUGGGGUUGAAAACAAUGACAAACUAAACAUGCAUUUGCAUGGUAACUGUAGCUGUGAAAUGUUACGUUCGUGCUUCGUUUCGCCAAGACAAAUGCAAUGUUAUUUCCUGUCAAACUUCAUUUGUGAAAUUAGCAUAUUUUUUUAUUUGGUGUGAUUGGUUGUGAUAUGACACCCCUGGAGACCCUUCUCGAGGUGCUGAUUUCUGUUUGUUACAGUGGAGGGAUAAUAACAGAGUUUUACUUCAGUAAUGUGUUGGUACUUUGCUACUGGCCAGAGAUUGUGUCCGAGUUAGACUUUUUUAAAUUAUAAUUAAAUAUGUACUAUAGA